CAACUAUAAUAAAAUUGGUAUACACUAAAACUUGUUGAGAUUAUUCAUUUUAUGCAUCUUAAUUCAAACUCGGGUAUUGUAUGAUUCUUCCACCAUGGGAGUCGUUUUUCCUAUAUUUUUUGUGUACUGUGUCUUGUGAUGUGUCCUUCCUUUUUGGCUGCGAGCUUUGUAAUGUGCCUGAGGAAGGCACAAUGUUGCUGAAACAUGUAGUGAAGUGACAUGCGAAAUUGAGUGCACUACAAGAUGGCCAUUACAUUCAUAUCAUGGAUGAGAAUCAGUGCAAUAGGACGCUAAAAUACAACAGUAGAAAGAAAUGCUGAUGGAGAAAGAUAGAGAAAUCAUAACACUGAAGUCUGAAAAAGAAAGUGAAGUAAAAGCAGUGAAGAAUCAAUAUGAGUUGAUUACAAGACCUAGGAGCACUGUCACCACAGCUUUUCAGACAAAUAUAAAUAUGGCUGAACAGACAGGACAUUUCCCAGAGAUGGAUCAGCAGAGAUGGUCCAAUGCCUUGGCCUCCAAGUUCACCAGACAUAACACCACUGGAUUCUUCCCUGUGGGGUUAUAUCAAGAGCAGUGUGUUCCGAACACCAGUUAAUGGACUUGAUGACCUGAAGACCCAUAUCAGGAAUGCGAUCUCAGCUAUUCCAGCGGACAUGUUCCACAGAACAUGGUAAGAGCUCGAAUAUCGCCUGGACGUUCUCCAUGACACCAAGGGAAUCCACAUUGA